AUGUCUUUCACGGAGACAGUUCGUCUAAAAUUAUACUGGAAUACUACUUAUACAACUGAACCUGAUGGGACUAUCACGGUACAGCGGGAUGCGCCGGACGGUUAUCUUAUCAUUGAUCGUAUGUUAGAUUUCUCGGAACUUGUUGAUAAGGUAUUAAGUGUGAUCGGAGUUGAUAGAGAAGGGCUGUAUAUUGAUUUUUCUUUGGUAUGGACGGAGAGGUCAGGAAAAAGGUCUCGUGUGCACAUUAAUGAUGAUAAUACUGUUCGGUUCAUUUAUCUUUGUGCUGAUAAAUGGCCAGAAUUGUACCCUGAAAAUGUUGAGAGAACAGGCCAUGUUUAUGCAAGUACAUCUGGCCAGGAUAUUGGUGCCAGCACUAGUGGUGGUAGAACAGUUGAAGACAAUGAAGAUGGAGAUGAAGAUGGAGAUGAAGAUGAAGAUAAAGAUGAAGAUGAAGAUGCAGAUGAAGAUGAAGAUGUUGGGGGUGUCGAAAGCAGUGAUGAUGAGUACGUCCCAUCGGAUGAGGACUCAGAUGACGACACUGAUUUUGAGUCAUCUUCUUCAGUCCCAUAUGUUUUCGACGACAUAAGUGGAUGGGACAAGACUUUAGAGGAAGUAGAAAACGAUGGAAUUAAAAUGUGGGAUGGCAAUCCGUUGACGCUAGGCCUUGAUAUACAUUUCGCCAACAAGCACGAGGCACAAGCGGCGGUGGGAGAAUGGAACUUGGUACAUGGUCGGACUUUCCGGGUGAAAACGAGCUCUAAACGAACAUGGUAUGUCGAAUGCGAGACGUGUGGACCUAAAUAUCCGAAAGAGCGCCUUCACGGCUAUGAUUGUCUGUGGAAGGCGCGAGUUUCUCUGAGAAGGCCACCGAUACUUGGAAAAUGGUGGUAUGGUCCGAUUCCCACAAGCUGUCUUGGGGCAAACAAGAGAAACGAGUCCCGAAAUGUCACGUCUUCUAUGAUUGCUAGACUGGUUGCCCAAAAUGUGCGAAAACAUCCAGAUUUUGCAGUUGCCCAAAUUCAAAUAGAAGUGAUGAAGAGGUACCUAGUCGAAUGUAGCUACAAGAAGGCAUGGCAUGGUAGAAGAAAAGCACUUGAGGCUCUGUAUGGAGAAACUGCGAGGCAACUGUCAAAUGAUUGGUUCAGCGACGCAAAAGACAAGACUGUUCUACCUCCUACUCCAAUGAAACUGUAUGAAGAGGCCCGGAAGAAAUCAUUGAGGCAAAAGGUCAACCGGUUUAGCAAGAGAAACCAGAAGUAUGAAGUGGUUACAAUAGCACCUGAUAAUCAACCAUGGAAGGCUGACGAGAAGCAAGUUGUGUUGUAUGCAAAUCGAGAGUGCACUUGCGGAAGGUGGCAGACUUUCAGAUUUCCUUGUUCCCAUGCACUUCGAGUUGCCCGUGAGCUAGGUGACGAUCCCUUCCCACUUUUUGAUCCAUGUUACACUACGCAUCAAUGGUACCAACAGUUUUCUGGAGAAUUCAACCCAAUCAUGGAACCAUGGCCAAAGGCAACGUGGCAGAUCAGGCCAGAUGACACUAAACUUGUCCACCAUGCUGGCCGAGGUCGGAAGCGUGUGAAUCGGAAAAAGAUCCGGAGUAUCUCUUGUGGUACCAUCAGUUCUGUGAAGUAUGUUACGGAUCCGACGGACUCGAAAAUGCGAGGGUUUUCACGGUUCUGCGAGACCUUGCGCCUCAUGGCCACAUUGAUGGAGGAUGUUCGUAGUCUGAGUAUUAUAGGCCAGCGUACUUUCGACGCGGACUCCUUUGGUUAUGAUCGCUUAGGCGAGAUUGCCCGGAGUUCUUUGAGCGGGCGUUACCCGACCCAGCAACAUCCACCACCCAGACCUCCGAGGCGUUCGCGCAGGUCUCAGCGUGGGCGUGGGGGGCAAGAGACAAUCACAACAUCUCAGCCACAUCAGUCCUCCCAGCAUGAGCAGUCUCAUAUUCCCUUCACUGGCGGUUCAUCCCAUCAGUCUCCACAUCAGUCUCCACUCCAUUCUCGACAGCAUUCAGCCCAUCAGUCUCCACAUCAUUCAUCCCAUCAGUCUCCACAUCAUUCUUCGCCGACCCAUCAGGCGUUUUACCGUCCGAUUAUGUCUCCCCAGCACCAGCAGUCCAAUUUUUCCUUCACUCAGUUUUCCUCCCCUCAGACUUCUCAGCGUCAGUUUGGAGAUUCUUUUAUUGACUUUUCUGGGUUUCAGCAGAGUUCGCUAGAUGGCCAGUCGAUACAUUACACGAGUAACUUUCUUUCGAGUAUGUUCGAGGGUGUUGCGGGUCAGCAUCAGGCUGAUAACCCAGCUGAGGGUGAGCGUGAGAGUCAGGGUGAGGAUGAGGCUGAGGAUGAGGCUGAGGAUGAGGAUGAGGAUGAGGCUGAGGAUGCAGACCAGGAUGAUCAGUUUGAGGGUCAGGGUUAUCAGCGCCAUGAGGAGCAGGGAUCGAGUCAGACUCUAGGGACUCCACCGUUGGCUGUGAGUAAAGGCCAGAGAGUGACGAAGGAGCCCGAUAGAUUGACUUAUAGCCUUUUUCGGGCUAAAAAGCUCAAGAAGAAGUAG